AUGUGUGCCAGAUCUAAUGGCUUCCUGGUGGCAACUCGCUAUUACGAGAUGCUCGGACGGUCGGCCGGGUUCUCGGCUCGUUUCUUGCGCGGAUCGAGUGAGCGGAGUGAGCUCGCCGAGAGCCGCGGGCCGUUGCGCAAUGCCCCUGACUCAUCCGGCCCGCGAUGCUCAUCGGAGCGCGGCCGCUGCACGAACACAAACGGUUGCGCGGUAAUCGUGCGAUUACUCGGCGAAAACCGCUCGGCCGUGAAACGUGAGGGCGCGAGCGCCGUAAAGCCCGCUAUGACGACUUCAAUUAUCUCGCACACCCGACUAAUUGUACAUACAUCGCGCGCGUGGGACACACGUGGGACGGAUAGUAUG